AAAAACCAUCAAAACCCCAUUUCUUCUCACUUCACAUACUCAAGCCUCAAAAGAUCCCAAAAAUCCAAAAAUGAAGAAUCUCGCAAUUCUUGUUGUUGCCAUGAUACUCUUCACAAGCUGUGUCACAUCUCAAGUCACAGCAAAAAAUGUAGAUUCAUUUCCAUUACGUACUGAAGAGCUCGAAUGGUGGCAUUACCAUCAUUUCUACCCUCACUAUCACCCUAAGCCACAUUGGCCAUUCCCCACCACCGGAAAGGCUCUCCCACCAAUCCCGGCCGGCUUCCACCCUAUCCCAUUUCAUCCACCACCGGUUGUAACCAAAUGCUUGGCCGAUUGCAAGGAUGUAAGAACAUGUGUUGCGGAUAUCGCUAUAGCUUUCUUCACGCGCAAACCCGCUAUUGGAUUGGAUUGUUGUGCCUCUAUCCAGAAGAUGGAUGAAGAUUGUGACAAGACUGUUUUUGGAGCGUACCACAACCCUUUCUUUGACUGUUUGGUUAAGCUUCAUUGCUCUACCAAAGCUAAAUCCACUCCUUCCGCUCCUUCGCCAGCUUAGGGUUUUUAUUAGGAAUUUAUGAAGUAUUGAUUUCUCAGUAGUUUCAUUUUUAGUUAUGUUUUCCUUUUUCACUUUUUAUGCUUUAGUAUGUUACUCUUCCAGAAUUCAAAGUUUUUCUUUCUUAAUAAAGAUA